AUGUCUGGAGAGCCGUACAUUGAGGAUGCUGCAUUUAUGUGUGGCGGCUCGAACGAGGCGCAAUGUGCGGAACUACAAUUUUGUGAGUGGAAAGCCUUCUUAGUCAAUCCUGAUUGCUUUGAGAACGAGGACUUGGUCGAGCGCAUAAACGAUAUCGCUUGCGCCGCUUUAACAGAAGCCAUAUGUUCUACUGAUGCAAGAUGCGAGUGGGAUGACGACGAAUGUCAGGGACAACAUGGAGCCAUAUCAGUCGUAAAGGAUGCCAACGGCACAAUAACGUUAGAUACCACUGGCAUCACCCUUCCUCCACUGUCCCUCUCUAAAUUCAUCUCCAAAUGUACAUUACUCUCCCGUACUUUUAUAUGUAUCACUUAA